GAGAGAGAGAGAGAGAGAGAGAGAGAGAGAAACUGACAGAAAUGGAAGGAAAAGUGCAAGGAGAGCAGCCCCUUUUCACACCAUACAAGAUGGGCACGUUUCAGCUCUCUCAUAGGGUGGUUCUGGCUCCACUAACUAGACAGAGAUCUUGGAACAAUGUUCCUCAGCCCCAUGCAAUCUUGUAUUACUCCCAGAGAGCCACUAAAGGGGGGCUUCUCAUAACUGAAGCAACUGGAGUUUCCGACACUGCUCAAGGCUAUGCACAUACCCCGGGUAUAUGGACAAAAGAGCAAGUUGAAGCCUGGAAGCCCAUUGUAGAUGCCGUUCAUGCUAAAGGCAGUAUCUUUAUUUGUCAGCUUUGGCAUGUGGGAAGAGUUUCAAACACAGAAUUCCAGCCAAAUGGGCAAGCUCCAUUAUCUUCUACAGACAAGGCAUUGACGCCACAAGUCCGAAGCAAUGGCUUUGAUGUUGCUGAGUUCACAGCUCCUAGGCGGCUUACAACAGAUGAAGUUCCUCGAGUUGUCAAUGAUUUUAGACUUGCUGCAAGAAAUGCUAUGGAAGCUGGUUUUGAUGGAGUUGAGAUCCAUGGAGCUCAUGGCUAUCUACUUGACCUGUUCAUGAAAGACCAGGUCAAUGAUCGAACAGACAAGUAUGGUGGAUCCCUAGAGAACCGUUGCAGGUUCCCAUUGGAAGUAGUAGAAGCGGUUGUUAAUGAGAUAGGAGCUGAUAAGGUUGGAAUAAGGCUUUCUCCAUUUGGCCAUCAUGCCGAGGCAGGAGACUCCAAUCCAACAGCUCUGGGCCUUUACAUGGUUGAAUCCUUAAACAAAUAUGGUGUCCUCUAUUGCCACAUGGUUGAGCCAAGGAUAAGAGCAGCCGGAGAAACGUGUGAGUGUCCCCACAGCCUCGUGCCCUUGAGAAAGGCUUUCAAUGGCACAUUCAUAGCCGCUGGGGGUUAUGUGAAAGAAGACGGAAACAAUGCUGUGGCUGAGGAGCGUGCAGAUCUUGUUGCAUUUGGACGUUGGUUCUUAGCCAACCCAGAUCUUCCAAAAAGAUUUGCGCUCAAUGCUCCUCUCAACAAGUAUAACAGGGAGACAUUCUACGCACCCGAACCCAUAAUCGGCUACACUGAUUAUCCAUCUCUUGAGGAUAUUGUUGAGUAGAUCUCCAAAGGUCUGAAAUGGGGUCUGGAAUUGUUCUGCCAUUGAGUAUUAUAUGUAUCUAUAACGAUCCAUUUCCCAUGUUAAUUGUUUGCUCCAAAGUCGAAGGACUCACAGUUUUAAAAUAGAUUUAUAUGAUUAAGAGGAAUCCAUGUAUACAUAAGAUGGAAUUGGAAAUUGAAUUGUAAGAUUGAGUAUUAUAUGCAUUUGUAAGGAUCCGUUUCCAACU